UUACGAUAUUAAUCACAUGCUUUAAAAUAUAGGACAUUAAAAUGUUUGUCAUGGAGGCAAAUUGAGUUACGGGAUGCGGAAGAAAUGUUGACCAUUUUGUUACACUUCUAAUUUUUUUGUAAGAAGAUUGCAAUUUCUCAUUAGAAAUUAAGCGGACAUUAGUGUGAUCUAGAAAUCAACCGCCUAGUGGAAGCGGUGGGAAAAAGAGCUGAAAUGGUUUAUGGAAUAGCAGUACGGAUGGGGUUUAUUACAGCUCAAAAUCUCCCUCCAUCAAUGGCGCUCGAUUUUUCUCUCUCCUCCACUAACCUUCAAUCCCGCCGCUCCGAUCUCGUCUUCGUCGUCAAUCCCCGAGGAGCAAAUGGUACAACAGGAAAGGAGUGGAAGAAACUUUUGCCGUUUUUGAGGUCUCGCCUUUCUUCUGAUUGCAAUAUAUGUGAAUCUUUUACAUCAGGUCCAUGCCAUGCAACUGAUAUAACGAGAGAGGCUAUCAGGGAGGGGGCAAAUGCUGUAAUUGCUGUUGGUGGUGAUGGAACGCUUCAUGAGGUCGUGAAUGGCUUCUUUUGGCAAGGGGAACCUGUCUCUAGCCAAAGUGAAAAGUCCGCUCAUACAACCGCACUUGGACUUAUUCCUUUAGGCACAGGUUCUGAUUUUUCCAGAACAUUUGGCUGGAAAAAUGACCCCUAUGAAGCUGUUGAGCGCAUAGUUAAAGGGCUGAGAUCGCGUGUGGAUGUUGGUCUCAUAACUGCGGAGGAUAAAGAACCUCAUUAUUUCAUAAAUGUUGCUGAUAUUCAUUUGAGUGCAAAGGCAGGUUACUAUGCUGCGAGAUAUAAAAAGUUUGGAAAGUUAUGCUAUGUAAUUGGGGCUUUGCAAGCUUUCAUGGGACACAAAAAUGUAGAUCUCAGGGUAAAGAUUGAUGACAGUGACUGGAUGAAUUACUCUCAAGUUACAGCUCUCUGCAUCGGAAAUGCUAAAUACUUUGGUGGUGGCAUGAAGAUCACCCCCAAUGCUUAUCCUUCUAAUGGAAACCUUGAGGUUGUGGUCCUUCAGGAUUUCAAGUGGUAUGACUUCAUUUUGAAAUUGCACAAGCUGUAUAAUGGGACACAUCUAUCAGUAAGGAAUGUAUCAUCAAAAAGUGUACGUUCCAUUGAAGUGGAGCAAAUUGAUGAAGGUGACGCCAUUUACAUCCAGUCGGAUGGAGAACAUUUAGGCUUCCUUCCCAGGAAACUACGCAUCAUACCUGGUGCUAUCGAGAUGCUGACAUAAUAUUCCUAUGAACUUCUGUAUGCCGUUUCACUGUACAACUGUGAUGAUUUACCACUAGGGAUUGCUCGGAUAGGCAUGUCCGUUUGUGCGUUUUUCUGAACCCGUGGCUCCCAUCUCACCAGUCUAUUUUGACAGUAAUUGGAAGUUUAGAACUUCUUAAGCAUUUCAAAGCCGCCUGCUUUUUAAUUGGAUGGUUGAUGACCUGAUGCAAGCAUGCGCGUAAGAGCACGCGGCAGUUCCUUACUUAGCUGAUGGUGUUGAGUAGUUGGAUAAUAAUUAAAAAAAGGCUGGAGACACUGUCGGAGUUGUUUGAUAUCAGUUGCUGGUAACUGCAGCUGUUCAGAUUAGAUGUUUCUGUUGUUCGCCGAACAAAAUAAUUCAAUACUAGUCAAUAUAUGUCAUCUUGGACUCUCGGGAGUUCCUUGUAGCCUGUUUAUUUGAUUCAUAUCAUCUCACAUGUAACAAGUUCCUUGACGGGUUUACUUCUUUAAUUGUUUUUUUUAACCCUAUUUUUUCAACUCCUGUUGUUUUUUUCCAUUCUGAUUUGAAUACCUUUUUUCUCUCUCUUUUAA